CUGUGUCGGGAUGUGGUCGACGACGGCAGCGCUUCUGUUCCUGGCGACGUCCGUGGCCGGCGAGACGGCCUGCCCCAAUGCAUCGGCGCCGACGGCGACGCUGGUUGCGGGCUCGGCCUGCGAAGGCACCGACAGCACGCUCUGCUACGUCGACCGGACGUGCACCACGGUCGCCCGUGCGGCGCUGACGGCCAAGUCGCGUGUCGCCAACGUCUCGCGCGUCGGCGACCUCUCGGCGUACAGCGGUAGCCGCCUGUUUUUCGAAGACAGUCCGCGCUUGGUGUUUGAUGAGAGCUUCCGCUUCCCGCCCUACCUCUUCGUCUUCGGCGUCGAGCGAUGCAACAUGAGCGCGCUGCCGCCGGUGCCGUCUUCGGCGCUCUUCACCGAACUGUGCGAGCUGCCGUACCGACUGUACUUCACCACCGUGGGGUAGGUACUUGCGCUUCAACCGCCUCACGCGCCUUCCGACCAUGAAGCUGGCCAAACGCAUGUCGGAAUUCUGGGCCGACAACAACUUGCUGACAGACGUGGCGCCGAUCCCGAUCCCGACCUUUGCGCUUGUCCUGGACAACAACCGCAUUGAGCAAUUAGUCAACCUCACGCUCGACACACAGCGACUGUACUUCAGCGGCAACCCGCUCACAACGAUCCGCAAUGUGAACUUCUCCUCGAGCGUCACCCUCUUCAACUGCUCGGACUGCCACCUCACGACUUUUGCACUGACGCCGUCGUCGUACGAGACGCUCAACAGCCUUCCGCCAAACCAAUUUCUUCUCGGGUCGACGACCCUCAACGCCUCGGCGUGCAAUGCGACCGGUGGUGCUAUCUCCGUGCUUCAGACGCACUUUGUGGCGUGCGUCGCGCAGCCCGCCGUCGUCAUUACGGCGCCGGCCCACACCGCAAGCGUCCUGCCGUGGGUCGUUCUUGCCGUCGUCGGCGUCUUCGUCGUUCUCAUUGCGUUCGUCAUGCGGCUUCGCUGUCGUCGGGCGGCAGCCCACAAGGCCGACGACGACGACGAGAAGCGCCCGACGCGAACCAUCACGUUUCCGUCGUUCUCGGACCGGUCGACCGACUUGGACGCUGGUGGCGACGAUGAUCUGCGCGCCAAGCUCAGCCAAUUGCAGCUGCACCGCGUCGAAGUUGGCGAGGUUCAGGUCGGCGCGUUUGUCGCGGAAGGCGGCCAUGGCGCCGUGUACCAAGGCACGUACCGCAACGACACGGUUGCGCUCAAGACGCUCUCGCCCCACAAGAUUUCUGCGUCCAAUGUCAAGAGCUUCCUCGACGAGAUUCUUCUCCUCUCCACCCUCGACUGCCCGUAUAUCGUCCGGCUCGUCGGCGUCGCGUGGACCAAGCCCGCCGAUGUGGUCUGUCUCCAAGAGUUUAUGGACGGCGGCGACUUGCGCACGCGGUUGCUCGACGACGCGCCGUUCUCGUGGACCGACAAGCUGCUGUGCGUGACGCACCUUGUCGACGCGCUCGUCUACGUGCAUUCGCUCAACGUACUCCAUCGCGACAUCAAGUCCCGCAACGUCCUCUUCCGACGCGACAAAGCGGUGUGGAAACUCGCCGACUUUGGCAUUGCGCGCGAGGACGCCGACGGCACAAUGACGUGCGGCGUCGGCACGAGUCGGUGGACCGCACCCGAGGUGCUGCAGGGACAGUACUACUCGUCGGCUGCCGACGUGUACUCGUUCGGCGUCGUGCUCUCGGAGCUCGACACGCAUGCGCUGCCGUACGCAGAGGUGCUCGGGCCCAACGGACAGCCACUCUCUGAGGCGACGCUCGUGCACCGCGUGUGCGCUGGCGAGUUGGCGCCGACGUUUCGAGCGAGCUGCCCGGUGUGGGUGCGCUCCUUGGCGACCGCCUGCCUCUGCGCCGAUCCCGCGCUGCGCCCGACAGCGCUUGUGGUAGCGUCGCGCCUCCUGCGCCUCAAGCUUACGGAUACUGGCGAAGCCAUCACCGACGUCAACGCGCACGCGUAGUGUCAACCUUCCUACCCAGACACGCUUCGAUUGCACAUGACAAUAUUGUAUCAUACUUUCUAAAACCUCCACAAAAAUCUACUUCAAAAUCUCCUAUGGCCAA